CUCUACUCUCUUGUUAUCUGCUCUCUCCCCUCUGUCUACACGCUCCACUCCAAUCUCUCUCCUCUUUCUCUGGUCUCCUUCCUCUGUAUGCUCCUUCUCUGCUCUCUCUUGCGUCUUUACCUCCGUCGACUUUCUGCAGUCUCUCUUCCCUCUCUGGCACCUUCACGGUCUCUCCUUCCUCUUUAGCAUCUCCACCGUCUACCCACUCUCGCUGGUCUCUGGUGCCUCUACCCCCUGACUUUCUCGGGCAUCGCUGCCAUCUCACUUUUCUCUCUCUGGAGCCUCUACUUUCUACUGUCUUUAUUCUUUCUACCCUCUGUCUCUCCGCUCUCUCUCCCACUCUCUGGCCCCUCUUUCUCUAGUCCCCCCCUCUCUGCUCUCUCACUCUCUGCUCUCUACAAGCUCGUGGACAACUGCUCAUGCGCGUCUGUCUGAGCUUAGAUUGAGUUCUGAACAUUCAUUUCUUCUUCCAACGCGUCAGGAUAUCCAAAUCUACUACUGUAUAUCCACAAGUAUUCACGUGUACGAUAAUCAUUCUAUUCUUCCAGAAAAGCCUCCCUCUCCCUUCUCAGAGACAUAAGAUACCGCAGAAAACACUACUCUACCAACUGCACCUUCUGACCGAGAUCUUAUCAUCCACCUACUGCAGAAUACCGAGAACCGUUCAUCCUCCUUUCGUUCUUUCCGUAUUUAGCGUAAACAACGUCGCUAUAGGGUGAUUGUGUUGCCUGCUUUGUCUGGCAUACACUCUCUGGUACACAGCGCGUCUGCACGUGCCCCUUCCUUUUUCGGUUCUCGUUCCCUCUUCCAUCUUUACAUCUCUUCCCCCUUUCCAUAUCUUUCUCCUUUCCACCUAUUCACACUGUGUUCACCUCUUUCCAUCUCCUGUCCCCUUUAUAUUCUCUUUUUCUCUUCUAGUCUCUCACCUACCUCUUACGUUCUCUUCCAACCUCUCACCUCACCUCUUAAGUUCUCUUCCAACCUCUCACCCCACCUCUUAAGUUCUCUUCCAACCUCCCACCUCAAGUUUCACACUCACGCACACACGUCUGCUCUCGUGAAUCGUGCACAUCUCUACCUCUACCUAUCCCUCUCACUCAAUUGACACUUCAACAUUCACACUUCAUUAUUGUCCUGCCCAGAAUCUCGAUCUUCGCCAUGAAGAAGAGACUACGGUCGGCACGUCAAGCCAAAAGCAAUGCAGCCGCAGCAGCCAUGGUGCUACUUACAAAUCCUACCAAGACAGUGGUGAGGAUCAACCAGGCGCAGUCUCUCAAAAUUGUACAAACCACAGUGUCGGCAGCGCUUUACACCAUACUAUGGAUCAAUGACCUCUUCCCCGAUGACCAUUUCGAGACGCGCAGCUACAGCCUUGACGACCCUGAUUUCAGCUACGAAAUAAAACCAGUGCCCCAGACUGCUUGGGAAAAGAGGACGGAAAAGAGGAGGCCGGCGGAUGGGAAGGCAAAUGUCUCUUGGGAUUUUCUUCUCAAAGGAAAGUCUGAAAAGGCUGAUAAAAUUUGGUCAUGGCUGGAAGGAGUCUGUGACGCCAUCAAGCGUGGAUAUUUGGCGAUUUUUCAAAUCAGCUUUCACAACGGCGAUAUAUCCCGCGACACUAUAGCUGUAGGUUACGUGAUGAGAUUCAACUACUCCGAGAACGGAGGUGAAGUUCACCUCAACAUUUCAGCGGGGGACGAUAAAGUCGAAUUCACAACAGAGGCCAUGCAGGAUCUCAAGAAUUUGUUCCAUAGGCUUAUAAAAUUGUCUCAGGAAGCAGCUAGAUUCCCAGCGGAUCCAAUGAUAAGCUUGCAGUUGGUGUACAACGAAACCUGUCCCGCGGAAUACCAACCGAAAGGUUUUGUUGUCGCUCCGGAUCCGAGCAUUGUCAUGGGCCAGCCCGAUGGCUUCGGAAUCGGUCACGUAGAUACGACAUAUCAUGGUGUUGGAAUGAGCCUCGUGAUUCCCCGACAAAGUGCCGCCCACGGCUCAAAUAGACCUUCCCGGUCUGCGACACGGUCCAACUCCCAAUUGAUCUUGAAUAACAGCAACCUCGUGUCUACUCCAGCUACUGCUUCCCCUUAUGAUGGCUCCACCGUCCUGAAUACACAAGAGCGCGCAGAAAUACAAGCAGUGCGAGAAAUGGUCCCCCUGGGCCGCGAAGUUGGGGACACCCAACGUGUUGAGGACACGCAGUCACAAAGAUCUCCUUCGGACAUAUCUUCACCCUCACUGGCACAUGGUCCGGCCGAACAACGUCCGGCCGAACAAGGCAUCGCACCUCCAGAGGGAAGGAAAUACUAUUUCAAUCGUGAGGUUAUUAGAGAUCUCCACCCAUCCCACAGGUGGCGGAAUGGACAGGUUCGCAUUUCGCUCGGUAGUGCCCAAGACACAGACUGCCUUUGCACAAAGAAGUUUGACGGCAUGACUGUACAAUGUGAAAUCUGUCAAAAGAGACAACACUUGCAUUGCCACGGAUAUCUUGAAACAGACGUCAUGGAUACCCAUGUGUGCUACAAAUGUCUUUUGCAUGCUCAGCCAGAUCUGACGACGGAAAUGCAGGGGCUCUGCUUGUUGAGACAAGUAGCCUGGGUUGCAUCUAUGGAGCAGUAUCCGCUCAAAGAAGCCGACCUGGCGGCCAGGAUAGGUUACCUGGUGAAAGAUGUUAUCGCUGUGAGCCAGAGGCUAGUCCAGGAGAAGUACUUGCGAAAAGUCAGCAAGCCACGGAAUAAGAGCCAUAAGAACUAUCACAUGCGGUCUCAGAUACCACCUUAUACGUUCAUAAUGGAGGAGAAGGGACGUUUGUUCAAGGAAUAUUUCAACCCCACUCUUGGGAUAGAAAAAUACCUCCACGAACAUCUGCAGGCCUCAGCCUCGAACGCCAAGCCCAAGUCCGAGCAACCAUCGGCCCCCGACUUUCGCAUGAGCUCAAUGGCACCUGAAUCUGUGACGCUCGUACCAACCUCACGCCCACCAGCGACGCCGCAACCAACCCGUGCGAAGCUCAUCGGUACCGGUCCCCUAUACGGCAUCUUCGACGCUGAUGACGACGCCACGACACCCCAUCCCGGCCAUGCGGCUCCCGCGCCUAGCAUGAACGGUAGCACCCAGGGCUCGCCGAGCCAGAUGGGCGGUCCUGGGCCACGGCCUCAUUUGGGGUUGAAGAGGAAAGGGGACGUUUUGGAGAGGGGUGCAAGGAACCUGAAGAGGACGGAUUUCGUGGGCAGUCCGUUUCUGCUGAAUAGGAUAGUGUGAUUGUGUGCAUCGUGGGUGUGGUGGCGUUGAAUUCGCCGAAGGCUUGUGGAGGCGGCUGAGUCUCGCUUUAUGUUCUCGUGCUUCGUGAGGUUGCUGGGCUGAGGAGGCUCUUUGUGGAGUGCUUUGUUGUGUUUUGCUCGAUUUUGGGAGGGGAUUUGUACAAGCUGGAGAGGAGUUUAAAUUGUUGGGAUUUAAAUUUGCUGGAAGAUGGGCUGCAACAAGACAGGGCUCCGAGAUCACCAAAUAUGUAUCUUAGCCUUUUGCUGAUAUAUAAUAUAAAUCGGCUUGAAAAUAA